UUUCCAGCCUCGGCUCUUCGCAGUUUCCUCUCCUUGUUUUGCUUUCGAUCUGGACUGUUCUCAGGCAAGCCGGGGAGUAACUUUUAGUUUUGCUCCUGCGAUUAUUCAACUGACGGGCUUUCAUUUCCAUUUCACACACCCUAGCAACACUUAAACCUUGCGGAAGUGUAUUGGUAGCGUGAAAAAGCACACUGAGAGAGGGGCAUCAUGCCGGUGGAAAGGAUGCGGAUGCGCCCGUGGCUGGAGGAACAGAUAAACUCAAAUACGAUACCAGGGCUGAAGUGGCUGAACAAAGAAAAGAAGAUUUUUCAGAUCCCCUGGAUGCAUGCAGCUAGACAUGGGUGGGAUGUGGAAAAAGAUGCACCACUCUUUAGAAAUUGGGCAAUCCAUACAGGAAAGCAUCAACCAGGAGUAGAUAAACCUGAUCCAAAAACAUGGAAGGCGAAUUUUCGAUGUGCCAUGAACUCCUUGCCUGAUAUCGAAGAAGUCAAAGAUAAAAGUAUAAAGAAAGGAAAUAACGCCUUCAGAGUGUACCGGAUGUUGCCCUUAUCUGAGAGGCCUUCUAAGAAAGGAAAGAAACCAAAGACAGAAAAAGAAGACAGAGUUAAGCACAUCAAGCAAGAACCAGUUGAGUCAUCUUUGGGGCUUAGUAAUGGAAUAAGUGAUCUUUCUCCCGAGUGUGCGUUCCUGACUUCAGCUAUAAAAAAUGAAGUGGAUAGUACGGUGAACAUCAUAGUUGUAGGACAGUCACAUCUGGACAGCAACAUUGAGGAUCAAGAGAUUGUCACUAAUCCGCCGGAUAUUUGCCAAGUUGUGGAGGUGACCACUGAGAGCGAUGAACAGCCGGUCAGCAUGAGUGAGCUCUACCCUCUGCAGAUUUCUCCUGUGUCUUCCUACGCAGAAAGCGAAACUACCGAUAGUGUGCCCAGUGAUGAAGAGAGCUCCGAGGGACGACCACACUGGCGGAAGAGGAACAUUGAAGGCAAACAGUACCUCAGCAACAUGGGGACACGAAGCACCUACCUGCUGCCCAGCAUGGCAACUUUCGUGACUUCCAACAAGCCAGAUCUCCAGGUCACCAUCAAAGAGGAGAGCUACCCACUGCCUUUCAGCAGCUCCUGGCCCCCUUACCCAGAUCACCCCCUCACUUCCUCCAUGACCCCAGCACCCAGCAGCAGUCGGCCAGACCGGGAGACCCGGGCCAGUGUCAUCAAGAAGACGUCAGAUAUCACCCAGGCCCGUGUCAAGAGCUGUUAAGCCUUUGACUUCCCCUGGUGAUUGUUGGGAUUUCUUGGCUUUGUUUUGUUGUUUGUUUGUAUUUUAUUUUUCUCUCUGACACCUAUUUUAGACAAAUCUAAGGGAAAAAGCCUUGACAAUAGAACAUUGAUUGCUGUGUCCAACUCCAGUACUGGAGCUUCUUUUUAACUCAGGACUCCAGCCCAUUGGUAGACGCGUAUCUCUAGAGCCUGCUGGAUCUCCCAGGGCUGCUCCCUCAAGUUCAAGGACGUCAUAGGACCAACAGCCACACGGGCAGUGAGGUGUGCUGCAUUGCCUGCGGUCAAGGCCAGCAUGGUGGAGUGGAUGCCUCAGAACGGCUGAGAAAAUGUGAACUAGCUGGAAUUUUUUAUUCUUGUGAAUAUGUACAUAGGGCAGUACUAGCGACGUUGCAGUCGGCUUCUGCACCUUAUCUUAAAGCACUUACAGAUAGACCUUGUGAUCUUGCUCUAUUUCACAGCACAUUCAGCAUCCCCCUUCCCUGCCCUUCAUCGUGCCUCCCACCUCCAUCUCCAUCCCAUCCCAUCCCAUCCCAUCCCAUCCCAUCCGAUCUCGUCCCAUCCCAUCCCAUCCAGUUCCUUUCAUCCUCUUCCUCCCUCAAAGGCUGUGUUCCACAUCCCUGAGGAGGAGGAGGAGGAGAAAAUGAACUUCUCCACAGAUGUCCCAUUUUAAGACUGCUUAAAAAAAAAAGAGAGAAAAUCUUUCUAAUCUGCUAUGCUUGAAUGCCACGCGGUACAAAGGAAAACUAUCAUGGAGAUCUUAUGCAAAUUCCCAGAUUUGAAGACAAAAAAAUAACUCUAAUUCUAACCAGAGCAAGCUUUUUUAUUUUUUAUACAGGGGAAUAUUUUAUUCAAGGUAAAAUUCUAAAGAAAAUAUAAUUGUUUUUUAUCUUUUCUACAGCAAAUUUAUAAUUUUAAGAUUCCUUUUCUUGUUUAUCAGCAGUUAUUACAUCCUUGUGGCACAUUUUUUUUUUAAUUUUGUAAAGGUGAAAAAGCUUUUAUGAGCUCAUGUAGCAAUCAGAUUAUCCUGUGGAUUGAUAAUAAAUGAAUAUGAUAUAUAGUUAAAUUUUUAA